AUGAAACCAAAACCAAGGGGUAGUGCAACAUCAAAGAAAAAGGCAUACUACCUCGCAAAUGCUAUGCAAUUUGCUGUGUCCUUUUUAAAAGUAGGUGGUAAUACGAGCGGUAUUUUGCCUAAAAUAGACAAUGAAAUGACUUCUCUCUCACCUGAAGCUCCCAUAACGAGUUAUACCCCACAUAUUAAUGUUUCUGAAGAAGUACUUUCUGAAUCAGCAGUGGACCAACAAUAUGGUUCAGUAUCACCCCAACCCUCAGUAUCUACACCACGACGAGAACUUUUGGGGAGCCAGAGAUGCAGCUUGUCGCCUUCUGAUCCACAAGGUCAGCAUGGCAAAUCAAACCAGAAAAAAACAAAGCAACAAACAUACAAAAUGAAACUGACAAGGCCUUUUUGGAAUACUUUGCCGUCAAGAAGGAAAAAUUUCUUCCACUGA